ACAAUGGGAUUUGUUGUAUCUAAAGGAAACCUCCUCCUCUUCCUCUGUGCCAGCGUCUUCCCUGCCUUGAGCCAUGUGGAGACCCGGGCACACGCAGAGGAGCGUCUCCUGAAGAAGCUCUUCUCUGGGUAUAACAAGUGGUCUCGCCCCGUCGCCAACAUUUCAGACGUGGUCCUCGUCCGCUUCGGCUUGUCCAUUGCCCAGCUCAUCGAUGUUGAUGAGAAAAACCAAAUGAUGACCACGAAUGUGUGGGUGAAGCAGGAGUGGCACGACUACAAGCUACGCUGGGACCCCCAGGAGUACGAAAACGUCACAUCCAUCCGAAUCCCCUCUGAGCUCAUCUGGAGGCCAGAUAUUGUCCUCUACAACAAUGCUGAUGGUGACUUCGCAGUCACUCACCUGACCAAGGCCCACCUCUUCUAUGAUGGGAGAAUUAAAUGGAUGCCUCCUGCUAUCUAUAAAAGCUCCUGCAGCAUCGAUGUUACCUUCUUCCCCUUUGACCAGCAAAACUGCACGAUGAAGUUUGGCUCCUGGACCUAUGACAAAGCCAAGAUAGACUUGGUGAGCAUGCACAGUCAUGUGGACCAGCUGGACUACUGGGAGAGUGGCGAAUGGGUCAUCAUCAACGCUGUGGGCAAUUACAACAGCAAGAAAUAUGAGUGCUGCACAGAGAUCUACCCCGAUAUAACUUACUCCUUCAUUAUCCGGAGGCUGCCACUGUUCUACACCAUCAAUCUGAUCAUCCCCUGCCUGCUGAUCUCCUGCCUGACUGUCCUGGUCUUCUACCUGCCCUCUGAGUGUGGAGAGAAGAUAACCUUGUGCAUCUCUGUGCUGCUGUCCCUCACUGUCUUCCUGCUGCUCAUCACAGAGAUCAUCCCAUCUACCUCCUUGGUCAUCCCUCUGAUUGGGGAGUAUCUUCUCUUCACUAUGAUAUUUGUUACCUUGUCUAUCAUCAUCACUGUCUUUGUGCUCAACGUGCACCAUCGCUCCCCGCGCACCCACACGAUGCCUGACUGGGUGAGGAGGAUCUUCCUUGACAUAGUCCCGCGCCUCCUCUUCAUGAAACGUCCCUCCACAGUGAAAGACAAUUGCAAGAAGCUCAUUGAAUCCAUGCACAAAAUAAGCAACACACCAAGGCUUUGGUCCGAGAUCGACGUGGAUCCCAACUUCACUACCUCAUCUUCUCCCAGCCCCCAGAGUAAUGAGCCAUCACCCACCUCUUCCUUCUGUGCCCAUCUCAAGGAGCCAGCCAAGCCUCAGCCUAUGUGCAAGUCCCCUUCUGGGCAGUACUCUGUGAUGCACCCAGAGCCUGUAGAGGUGACCUGCUCCUCCCCACAACCCUCCUGCCACCCCCUGAGUGACACCCAGACCACGUCCGUCUUGAAAGGCAGAUCACUGAGCGUUCAGCAGAUGUACAGCCCCAAUAAGGCAGAGGAAGGGAGUAUCCGCUGUAGGUCGCGGAGCAUCCAGUAUUGCUACCUGCAGGAGGACUCUUCCCAGACCAACGGCCAAUCCACUGGCUCUCCAGCAUCCCAGCGGUGCCACCUAAAUGAAAAGAAGCCCCAGCACAAGCCCCCUCAGUGCAAGUGUAAAUGCAGAAAGAGCGAGGCAGCUGGCACACCAGCUCAAGGAGGCAAGACUCACGGCACCAAAGAGCAGCACCUCGUGUUGAUGUCCCCUGCCCUGAAGCUGGCAGUGGAAGGGGUUCACUACAUCGCAGACCACCUGCGAGCAGAAGACGCAGAUUUCUCAGUGAAGGAAGACUGGAAGUAUGUUGCAAUGGUCAUUGACAGGAUCUUCCUUUGGAUGUUCAUCAUUGUGUGUUUGCUGGGAACUGUCGGUCUCUUUCUCCCACCGUGGCUGGCAGGAAUGAUCUAAAUAUAACCCCAGAUGGAAGAAAGUGUAUCCCAUUCUAUGGAUUUUAGUUACCUGGAAGGAGAGGAGCAGAGAAAUGGAGGCAGCCCUUUGAAUAAUUCACUGCGUGUCCGCGCUUGAGUUGCUCCAGAGCUCUCUGGGAGGACUUUCCGAGGUCACAUCAUUUUGCCAAGACAUUUUCAUCUCCUCCAUCUAAUUUAGGGGAAAAAUUCUUAUUAAAGUCUGUAUAUAGCAUGGUGGCAUUUAUUGGCAUAUAGUCAGCAAUGUAAGAACACAAGCUUGUUCCCUAAAGCAGCACAUAAAGAGGCUUCACAUCGACAAACCAGCUCCUGGCAAAUUAGCUCCAGUCAUCUUCAGAGGUCUCAGUGUGCCCUGCCCAGUAAUUUUGCCCUAUGAAGCUGAUUCAGGACUGUGUGUCCCUGUAUGAGUCAUUUUAUAAAUAAAGUUCCAGGUUUGGGA